GGACAGAGCGGUUGUGGGUUUCUACUAUGUAGUACUGGCUGGAAUUCUGUCAGCUUCUAUCACUGUUGGUGUCACGUGUCCCUGACCACCUGGUGAAGCUUCUAAAGAGAAGAAUUACUAUACUUAUGCCUGGCAUUUUGCGCUCAGUAUUUCAGAGGCCUCCAGGCAGACUGCAGACUGUGAAAAAAGGUGUGGAAUCUCUCAUUGGUACAGAAUGGAUUCGUCACAAAUUUACCAGAUCAAGGAUUCCAGAUGAAGUGUUUCAGUCUAGACCUGAAGAUCAUGAAAAAUACGGUGGGGACCCCCAGCACCCUCAUAAACUGCACAUUGCUACAAGAAUAAAAAGUACAAAAAGGCAUCCAUACUGGGAAAAAGAUAUGAUCAAGAUGCUUGGACUUCAGAAGGCACAUACCCCUCAAAUUCACAAGAACAUCCCCUCGGUGAAUGCAAAGUUGAAAACGGUUAAUCACUUGAUACACAUGCAGCCCCUGAAGCUGCCACAAGGACUUCCCACAGAAGAGACCAUGUCUAGCACAUGCCUCAAGAGCACUGGGGAGCUGGUAGUGCAGUGGCAUCUGAAGCCAGUGGAGCAGGAAGAAAAGUCCUGAUGCCACACAGCUGAGAUUACAGAUCACAGUUACUGAGGAAAUGGUUCUCAUUAAAGUGUAUUUCAAUC